UUUUGGCUCAGAGGAGAAAAUGAAAUGAAUCAGAACUGAAAGAAGUUCAAAGACGCCACAACAUAGGUUCCUAAUGAAAGAACAAUUAUGUCGGCUUUUGCUGUUUGGCAAGAACCUUAGUGUGCCCAGUAGUGUCGGUCCUAAAAAUAGCCCUAACAUUGGAAAAAAAAAAGUAAGCCAGGAAUAGCUUAUUCUCGGUUCUUUCAGUGCAUGUGCAUCUAGUAUAACAUCUCGGUUUUCUAAGUAGAUUCACUUCUAGCCUCGUGCUUUCGGUCUAUUUGCCUCGUCCACAUACACCAUUCGUUUUUUUCGUCCAACGAUUAUCGGUUUUCUUUUGUUGAUACGGUAUUGCAGUCGCGCUUCUUUUCUGCGAUCGUUCAUGUCGUCUGCGUUAAAAAUUUUCAAUCUUGCGACUUUGCUACCAGGUACCCCCCAAAAUAUCUGGAUCACUACACAAGAAGCCUAUCCCAUAUUUUCCUUUGCGCGCAUUAUACACGAACUAAUUCGUUUAACUGAUUUUCGACUUUCCCGCACUGUGACUGUAGUUUUAGCCUCUACAUUCCUCAAGUCCUUUUUGAAAUCGCUAGCCACAAAUGUCAUCUUCAGAGGAGGACCUCGAGGACGAUAUUCCGGAGGAGGGUGGCCAUAAGAUCUCCCGCGCUACUAGCGGUAGCGCCCAAGAGCGGGACAGCAUAGGCCUUACGGUCGUACCAACUUCGAAGAAGGCGAACGAUUUGACUGCCAGCGGUGGCUCAUCGCGGAAAAAGCCGGUACCCGUGCGAACUGGAACCGAGGAUCUCAAUGCCGACGUGCCGGUGGGUAAAACCACCGCCGCUGCGGCUCCAAAGCGGCUCAGCAUCCCGGAGGCCGAGACCGUGAAGCCAGCAAGGCCUAUGCCGAAGGGUAGCAGUAGUCCCGCUACGACCGCGAAGAGUGAAACACCAAAACCAGCGGCAGCGGAGGAGAAAAAGACCGAGGAGAAAAAGAUCACACCAACGGCAGCAGUGGCAGUUUUGCCUGCAGCUACCGUAACGUCAGAAGCUUCCGACACCGGAAAAAAGCUACCGACCCCGAGCGAUGCCACCAGCACCAAGCCCGCACGGCCGCCGCCAAAGAGGAAGUCUGAAUCGGACGAGAAAUCGAAACGAAAAUCCAAAAAAGAGGACGAUAAGGAGAAAUCCAAGCGGAAAUCAAAGAAGGAGGACAACGAUGCAGAGGGGACCGCUCCGGUGAAGAAAAAGUCCAAGGAGGCAUCAACGUCGGAGAAGAAAUCUGUCAGGGUCGACGACAGCAGUAAAAAAGAGGACGGCGAAAAUAGUAGACCCGCGCGGCCCGGACGGCCGGGGGCGAAGCCAGCUUCAAGGCCCAGCGCGGGGAUGCCGACGGUGCAGAAAACAAAGACCGAGGGGGUUUCAACCGCUGGUGGCGCCACUGCGGACAAUGAGGAAAGCAACGAAUCCGACGGACUGCAAAGCCACCCGCACAAGCAGUCGUCCGUGAUGCAUUUUGACGAGAUUCUGAAUGCUAGCGACGCGGAGGAACCGACGUCGUUCGCGACCGCGCGCGACGAGCAGGCGUGGCUCGAAGCUCAGAAGGCGAAAGAGGAUUUUUUAGCCUCUAUGGGUCGGUCGUUGAAGUCUCCGACCGGGCCCCGGGCCUCGGAGCAGCUGGAGGAGCGCAGCGCGGGGGUGGCGACGCUUGGUGGGGCCGUGGACGGGUUGGAUGACGAACCCGUCAAAAUGCCAGUUCCCGAGCACGGCCCGGAAGCGGUCGGGAAGGACGGCGAAGAGGCGAACGGCGAGGACUCUGCGCCCUCGGUCAAGCAGGCCGCGGCGGCGGUGAAAGCGACCAUCAGUUCUAUGGCGGACGGCGACAGCGACGAAGCCAGCCACUUGCCAAAACAAGCGGCGGCAAAGCGGCCCGCGCGACCCGUACCAAAGGCAUCGACUAGUACAGCAGCAACCAGUACUAGCACAGAAACUACAACUGCAGAAUCCAACGAGAGCCGUAGCGUCCCCCCUGCCGAUACCAGUCAGGUAGCAUCGAUCGGGAAGAGACCGCCGUUCCGGCCGAAAACAAGAGCGUCGACCGUGCCAAACUUUGAGAAGGCCGGGACGAUGACGACCGACGGGGACGGAGCCGCAACCACCGACCCAUCCAACCAGGCAGCGACAUCCACACUGCUGGAAGAGGAGGACAAUUCGGAUUCGCAGUCCGAGGCGGAAGACAGGAAGAAAUUCGUGGAGAACCUCGACGGGGACCCGGACCGCACCAAGGCAGACCUGCAAAUCUUCCAGAAGAAAGCACAACAGAUGGCGCCAAUGGACGUGGACGCGCAGAACAUUUUGUUCGGAGACAGCACGUACGAACGCGAGUUCAACGGCGUUUUCUCCACGGCGCAGGACCGACACAAGGAAAAGCUGCGGGAAAAGAAGGACCAUUUGAAGCAGUGGGAGGAGCUACUGAUGGAGAAGCCUCUGCUGGACUUGCUAGAAAUGGAGUCUAUGUUUGAACCGAAAAACUCCGACUUCCCGAACGAGGACGCCAUCGUGCGGACGCCGAUCAAUCACAGCAAGUUGACGUACACAAAGAAGAAGUGGUUCGGACUGGUGCAGAAGGAGAAGGAAGACACCAACGAACACUACGGACUUGCGGCCAUAGGAACGCCAAUUUUGCAGAAGAACGGGGGCAUUAGAGUAUUAAAUGAAGUUUAUUUCUUUUUGCAGCGAUCUUCAUCUUUUGUUCGUUUUUCGUUUUGUUCAAGAAGGAACUCAUCACGUAGUAGCUCUUGUCAUGCAAAGACGCAUAUGUGUUUUUCCAAAAUUCAAAAUCAGGGUGACUUGAGCGGUUAUUUCGAGUUCGACCUGGACGACGCUUUUGUUCCCCGUAUAGACGACUUGAAGGGCACCGGUCCCGACCGGAACGCCACCAGAAGGUAUGCCUUGGAGGUGAUGGGCAAGUGCUUCAAGGUCGUGAAAGUGCAGCAGCGCGGGAAAACGGGCAAGCGGUAUUUGCAGUUUCGAGAGGACGGGAUCGUCUUCUUGAAGCCGAAAUCUUCCGAAGAGGACGACCUGGAGCACCACCGCAUCCCCUACGGAAACAUCAAGGAGAUAUUCCUGAAGCCGCAGGUAUGAAUUGCAAAAAUGUCUGGGUCUGGAAGAUUGCGAGGUUUGUCAUGCUGAUCUGGCAUGGCCCUUAAAUCUGUAUUGCGUGGCCACAAACAGCCUCUCUCGCCUGUCAUGCAAAAACGCAGUUUCUCAUGCGGAAUACGCAGCACAGAAGCACGAAGCAACUUGUCGUGCUUGGCGGCGCAUUACAGUGCAUUUGUUAUUGACUGACUUGCAUCACAAGGUUCCAGACCCAGACGUUUUUGCAUUUCAUAGCAGGGCAAGAAGAACGAAAUGAAGGAAGCGAGAAGUACCGCCAUGCGGUGUGUGUAUAUGGAAAUCGAAACUCCGGGGGCGGAGAAGGUGAAAACCAGAACUGGGAGCAAGGAAGAGAAUAACAAAAACCUCGCGGUACCACCAGCGUCGCCGGGCAACAAUCCGUCCGGCGCCAGUGCGGUGACGGCUCUCUCGGUGGUAGCGAAUGUGACCAAUUUGGCGACCCCCAGUUCUAAAGCGGGGGGAACCCCAUCUAGUUCCUCAACUUUUGGUGCUUCGGAGCCCGUGCCGGGGGUCUUCCUCUGUUUCCAGAACAUGAAGGACGCGGAGAUCGCCCUUUCCGCGCUGGUCUGGUUGAUCAAAAUUGGUCCGUUGCGCGGUAUCAAAGUGGCGACGGAUGACGACAAACCGAAGUUCGUUAAGGGCAACGAGGUGCGGAGAGAGAGGCCUCGGAAACUGAUGGCGGCUGGCUUUUCGCGGAAGCUCUACGCCGACAUGACGCACUACUGCGGCGAAGUUUCGCCGGAGGGCAAGCGCCACGGGCGGGGGGUCAUGUACAGUGAGGGCUGCGUCACGACGGGGUACUGGAGGUACGAUCUGCAAACCGGCCCGGGGACGGAGUUGCAUUUAGACGGAACGUCAUUCACGGGGAUGUACAAGGAGGACAGAAGAAACGGCUACGGCAUGAUGCAGUGGGACGGCGGGGCGGAGUACCAGGGGGUGUUCGUCGCGGGCAAGGCCAGUGGCGCGGGGAUUCUCAUCCGCAGUGACAAGAGUUACUACGUCGGGCAGUUCGACAAUGAUGCCAUGCACGGCCAGGGCGAAAUGAUCUGGGCGGAUGGAACGAAGUACAUCGGCCAGUUUCAGCAGAACAAGCGGCACGGCGUCGGGAUCAUGGCGUGGGCCAUGGACAGAAACGAGCAACAGGUCGACGCGGAAGAUGAGGAGCAGCCCAAGUGGAGUCGGUACUACGGCGAGUGGGUGCGCGGGAAGCAGGAGGGAAUUGGAGUUCUGUUGCUGAAAGACGGAACGAAGUGCCCCGGCGUGUUUCAUGCAGGGCAGUUGACAGACUGGCUCGAUACGUAGGGAAAUUGUGCGUUUCUUUGGAUUGUUUUUCGAUUUUGUAAAACUCGUCUUGCAAAGCAAGAGCAUAUUCACACAUAGCGAUCAACUGUGUACUUUUCACAAAUCGAAACAUGAUGUCGUGAUAUUUUUUUUCCUGUAUUCGAAAGUGUGUUGAAAAGAACAU